AUGGAGAACAAAAGGAAUGUGACUGAAUUCAUUUUACUUGGUCUUACACAUAAUCUUCAAAUGCAGAAGGUAGUGUUUGUGGUCUUUUUGUUUCUGUACUUGGUGACACUCUCUGGCAACCUGCUCAUUAUGGCUACCAUAGCCAUCAGCCAGACUCUGAACUCACCCAUGUAUUUCUUCCUGACUCAUCUUUCCUUGAUAGACACCAUUUAUUCUUCUUCUUCCGCCCCCAAACUGAUCGUGGACUCCCUCCAUGAGAAGAAAACGAUUUCCUUUAAUGGAUGUAUGGCUCAGGUCUAUGCAGAGCAUAUAUUUGGUGCCACUGAGAUCAUCUUGCUAACAGUGAUGGCCUAUGACCGCUAUGUAGCCAUCUGCAAACCCUUGCACUACACAACCAUCAUGAGUCACCGACUGUGUGUUCUUCUGCUGGGAGUGGCCUGGACUGGGGGAUUUCUCCAUGCAACCAUUCAGAUCCUCUUCACUAUAUGGCUGCCCUUCUGUGGUCCCAAUGUCAUCGAUCACUUCAUGUGUGACUUGUACCCUUUGCUGAAACUCGUCUGCAUGGACACUCAUACUCUUGGUCUCUUCGUUGUUGUCAACAGUGGGUUCAUCUGUCUAUUUAACUUCCUUCUCCUGAUGGUCUCCUAUGUGGUCAUCUUGCGCUCCCUAAAGAACUACAGUUUAGAGGGGAGGCGCAAAGCUCUCUCCACCUGUGUCUCUCACAUCACAGUGGUGGUUUUGUUCUUUGUACCCUGUAUAUUUGUAUAUCUGCGCCCUGUGACCACAUUGCCCAUUGACAAAGCUGUUGCUGUUUUUUACACUAUGGUGGCUCCUAUGUUAAAUCCCUUAAUCUACACACUCAGAAACACUGAGGUGAAAAAUGCUAUGAAAAAACUCUGGAGGAAAAAGGUGACUUCAGAUAAUGACUAA